UAUUAUCCGCGACCUGCUCACGCGAGGCAGCAGGUCACAGCUACCGCGCGCUCACUCCCGCUGACUCCCGGGCUACUUGAAACCUAUAUUACAUCCACCGCGCUCCGUAAACUGCUGACUUUACUGAUUUACUCCUAUUCCCUGUGCUCUGCUGACUUGCUGAGUACCAAUGCUCUCUGCUGACCUCACGACACACGCCCCCUGCUGUUACUGGCUGAUAGUUAACUUGCUGAGGGCUUCUGAAAUACCUGCUGACUCGGGCUGACUCUGUGCUGACUCUAUGCUGACUUAAGGUCUUCCAAGGCAAAGCAACACCACGUGGGAGUGAACGAGAGAACACAGCAGCCAGAACACUCAUCUAACCAACCACCCAGUCAGUGAACCAUCCAAAAUACGUCUAACCAUCCAUCUAGCCAUCCAUCUCGCUAUCCUGCAUGACGCUAAGACUUCGAAGCGAUGUCUGAUUCCAAGAAGUCGUUUAUCGAGGCGGAGCAGGAGAAGGGGGAGGGUAUGAAGCUGAAGGAACCCAUUAAGCAGCGCGUGGGCCUCUAUGUGACCGUGUGUCUCUUCGUCUGCGGUGCGCUACUCCUGCUGGCGACGCUCGUAGGGGUGCUGGUUUUGGACGUUGGAUGGAUGCUGGUGCUGGCGGGCGGCUGCGUGGGAGUGGAGGUGGUGGUGGCGGGAGGGGUGGUCACCUGUAUUGGUCGCGGUCUACCCAACACGGCGCUGGCUCAAGGAUACCUUGUCCUUGGCCUUCUAUCUGCAGUAUCCCUCACGCUACAGAUAAUCCUACUCGGCCUCCUCGCUUCCCUGCCUCACUACCCGCCCGCAUCUCACGCCCGCGGGGACAUAGAAGCAUGGGUGCAGUUCGUGGGCGGCGCGCAAGGGGCUAUGGCGGUAAUGGUGGGCGGGAUGGUGGGCGGGGCGAUUGUGGUGACCUCCUGCUGCUGUAAAACGCCCAAAGAUAACGUGGUGGGCGUGUACCAUUGCCGGUGACAAGACCCAGGCACGCCUCCUUCAGACAGUCAGAUCGCCACGCCCUCCUUCAGUGACUUGCCCAUGCACGUGCUUGAAGAGGAGGAGGAGGAAGGAGGGAGGCCGCCCCAUCCACACGCCAUGGGUUAGAGAGAGAGAGAGAGAGAGAGAGAGAGAGAGAGAGAGAGAGAGAGAAAUUGUGUGUUUUGAAUUCAGACGUUGUAGUUUUAAAGAUGUUUACAAAUCCGAGGCGGUCAGUCUCUCUCUGUGUGUGUGUGUGUGUGUGUGUGUGUGUGUGUGUGUGUGUGUGUGUGUGUGUGUGUGUUUGCUUACGCCUCAUUCCUUCCUGUCAUCCAUGGUUCCUCCUCUCUCUCUCUCUCUCCUUUUUUCCCCUCCUUUCUUCCUUCCUUCCUUCCUUCCUUCACAGAAUUACUCAUCACCCCGUUCGUCCUCUUCCUGCCCUGCUUCCUGCGUGUCUGUCUCCCUCUCACUCCCACUCCCUCUCUCCCUCACUCUCCCUCCACUUCCUCUAUACUCCAUAAAAAGAAAAAAAGUAUCACGCCUGCUGUUCCGCUCUCCCAAUUCACCCUCACCACCACCAUCACCACCACCAUCACCACCACCACUCGUUCCUCUUCUUCCUCCUCCUCCUCCUCCUCCUCCUCCUCUUCGCCACAGGACGCAGGUGGCAAGGGCGUGGGUGUUUCCUGUGGGUUUGCAUGGGUGUGGUUAAGUGAUGGACGCUCCCCAUAGUGUGCGUGUGUGUGUGUGUGUGUGUGUGUGUGUGUGUGUGUGUGUGUGUGUGUGUGUGUUCGGUACUACGUUAUAUAUAUCCACUAUCACAUCGUUUGUAACUACUCACCCUCACCACCACGAUCACCACCACCACCACCACCACCACCACCACCACCUCACUUUAAAUGUAAAUAGUGUUGAUAAUGACAAUGGUGAAUGUAAAGGUGACAAUAAAAGGUUUACUUGUGAAUUAUUGAGCCUUACCAUUAGACUGAGUAUCGGCAGCAACGUGUAUAUAGUGAAGCUGAUACAUUGAAAAAGAACUCUCUAUUAAUUGAACUGGAAAGCACUCAAAAUAAGGGAAAACAUCAUUAUUGCACAUGUAGUGGAAUGUUAGAGAAAGAAAUGAGUAGUAAGGAAAACAAGACUAAGUGAGAAUGUAUGAAAUUUAUACAAAAA